AAAAAAAAAAAAAAAAAAAAAUUCAUCAUGGCCGAUUCUUCUGUUAUCAAACUCUCUCUUACAGAAUGGACACACGAUCAACGUUUAGCUAUUGCACGUAUAUCUGCACAGGUACUCACACACUCUUCUCUUGUCCUUGGUGAACAAUGGUCUUGUGAAUGGUGGCAAGAGAUCAUUAGUUAUUUACAAGUAACUCAGUCACAACUUGAACAACAUGUUUUAGCGUUCAAUAAGGCACUUGAGCUUCUCAAGGGUGAGAAACGAGACAUUCGUGUUGAAGUGAUGAUCGAUCUUUUAGCAUUAGCAUUACACAUUACCUCAAAUAAGACUAAACAAAAAAAGGUUGAUAAAAGACUCGUCAUGUUGUAUGAUGCUCGUGCUAGAGCCUUUUUAAUUGAACUUGAACAUGCAUUGGAACUUUAUCCAGGUGACCUUUCCUCUGUGGAAAAAAGUAUAGCACAACAAAUGUAUUAUCAUUUAUUGGAGCAACAACAACAACAACAACAAUCUAAUAAUGUACAACAAUCCAUGGAUAAUGAGGCUCAAAAGGCAAUUGAAGCUACGAACCGACGUCAGCAAGCCUUUCGUUGGAUAGCAACAGGUGCUGGUGUCAUUGGGGGAGGUGCUGUUAUUGCCUUGACUGGAGGACUCGCUGCUCCUCUCUUGGCUCCCCUUUUGGCAGGUGUGACGGGAGCUGCUUUCUUUGCUACAGCAGGUGGUGUAGCUCUCAUGACAAGUCUUCUUGGGUUAACAGGAGGUGGUUUAGCAGGUUGGAAAAUGCAUCGUCGCAUGAAAGGGAUUGAGCAACUUGGGUUUAAACAGAUUUUACAAGAUCCUGAUUUACCACCUGUACCUGCUUUACAUUGUUCUAUUUGUAUUUCUGGUUUCUUAUUAGAUUCAGAAACAGAAGCCAUCUCUCCCUGGGAGCUUGCCUUUGAAGGAAAAAGAAACAAUACAGAUCUAUUUUGUUUAGAAUAUGAAACAGAGACUUUAUUAAAAUUGGGUUAUUCAUUUAAAAGAUUUAUAAAGGAUACGGCUAUAAAUUAUGCUGGUAUGGAAGUUGCUAAGGCUACCAUCCUUCAUUCAUUUUUUGCUGCUGUUGCGUUACCAGCUACUAUAUUGAAAAUUGCUGAUGUAAUUGAUAAUCCAUGGCAAAUGGCAGUUGAUCGAUCUAAAAAAGCAGGUGCAGUAUUAGCAGACGUAUUACAACAAAGAGUUCAAGGCAAUAGACCUUGUAAUUUAAUUGGAUAUAGCUGUGGAUGUUUAGUGAUAUGGAAUUGUUUACAGGAACUUUAUGAAAGAGGAUGUCAUGGACUGAUCGAUAAUGUAGUCAUGAUGGGUGCUCCUAUCUCUACAGAUGAGUCUUGGGAAUGGCAAAACGCACUGAGUGUCGUCUCUGGUCGAUUUAUCAAUUGUUAUACGUCCAAUGAUUGGGUUUUGGCUUUUGUCUAUCGAUUACAUUCAUUAGCAACAAAUGUAGCAGGUUUAGAAGCAGUGCCACAUUCACGUAUUGAAAAUAUACAAGUUAAUUUAGAUGGACAUACUAAAUACCCAUAUGUUAUUAAAGAUAUCAUGACUCAAUUAAGGAUAGAGUAAUAAUACAUUCUUAUUUUAUUAUGUAAUAUAUAUAUAUAUAUAUAUAUGAUAUGCACACUAGUUAUUCCUUCCUCCAUU